AUGGACAUGAAUGGGAAGAGUCUGAAAAUAUUGCAGAUGGGGGAUGUUGCAAAUAGAGUGGCCAAGAAAUGUAGAUUCCUUAACAUUAAUGAGGAGGGUGAGUUCCCAUUUUCCCUGAUAUUCUGUUACAGCAGAACAGGUCCUGGAACAGACGGGCACUGUUCUCUCCCAUGGAGGAGUGGUUGCUCUUCCCACUGACACCGUUUAUGGGCUCGUCUCUCUUUAUUCCCACUCUCAACAGUUACUGGAUAUCAAGAAGAGAGAUGCCAACAAGCCCUUAGGGCUCUUCUUUGCUAAUCCCGACCUUAUCUUCCAAUACACGUAUCCCACAGUAGGCAAGGACCUUCUCUGCAGGCUCUUACCUGGCCGAGUUACAUUGUUAUUGAAGAGAUUGCCCUCAUUUCCUUCUCAUUUUGUAUAUGAGAAUAACCUUCUGGGUGUCCGAGUUCCCGAUAGUUUAUUUAUCCAGAAACUUUGUGCCCGCUUCGACGAACCGAUUGCUCAGACAUCAGCCAACUCUAGUGGGAAGCCAAGUUCGGUUCAACCAGAUGUAAUUUUGUAUUCAUUAAGACAAUAUCUUUUGGUUUAGGAAUUCAAGGAAUUAUGGGAGAGCAUAGAUCUCGUGUUGACAGAGGAGAGUCGUGGUAAUAAAGGGCGAGAAGGCAGUACAGUCAUCGAUCUCUCAGAGAAAGGAUCCUAUUCGAUCGUCCGGGACGGGUGUGCAAAAGAUCAUUUUGAACAAAUUCUUAUCGAUUAUGGAUUGAAACAGAGAUGA